AUGGUUAAAAAGCCCCCUGCUCGUAAGCGCGGUCUGCCCAGGGCUGAGCAUGCCGCUCGCGACAACUCGGCGGACGACAACACGUCGGACAAAGGCGACGCUGAGGUCGUGGAGCAUGUAGAGGCCCACCCUGUUAAGAAGCAGCGAAGCGGUGGCAAGAGGGUGUUAGGAUUAGAUGCGCCGGCCCCAUUCCGCGUGGAUACGGUUGUGCAACGACGCGAGUCCUUGCCGAUCCCUCGCGACGUAAUAUCACCCAAUGGCGUUAAAGUAAAGGUUCCAACGAAGCAGCUUCGCGGGCGGGGGCCAGUGGUAGAGGGGUUUUCCACAGCCAAUAUUUUCGACCAGUACGGGGAUUGGACCAACCUCGGUCCAUUAGACGAGCUCCACAUUCAAGACAAGGAGGAACUGUCCUCUAACAUCAUCGACUUUCAUAACAUCCUUUUGUCUUUACGACAGCCCCGUCUGCCAGAUGGCCGAACAUGGAGGGUUAUGCCUUCAUCUGCAUACUCUUACGUCUGCAUGGAGGGUGGACUCUACGGUGGUGCUUCCGCCCACACGAUACUCGACGUGGACUUCCUAUGCAUCAUCAUCCACACCGAGGUUGAGGAUGUUCGCCACUGGAGUCUGGUGGUAGUUACAGAUCCCGGCCGUCUUCUUCUGUCCGACGAGGAGUACGCCAAGGCAACUCCACCGACUUCUGUUCUCUUCGACUCCCUCAACAUCCACUUGGAUAUUUCGGUGCACAUCUUCAACAACUUGAAAGUCAUCCUGGGUCAGGCUCUGUGGCACCGCCAGAAAGACCUGACUGAGGAGGACCUCGCAUCCAGGGUUGCACGCUUCGCGUGUCUCGAGGCACCGACGCACAAGAUCCCGCGACAGACCGACGACUACGACUGUGGAAUCUACGUGUGUAUGUACUUGCACAACCUGGUCAUGUCGUCCUUCGCGUCAUUGGAGGGAGGUAUUACCUUCCCCAAGUCUCCGCUGGCGUUCCGCCGAGAGACCCGCACCGACAUGCUAGCUCUCGCGGAGGGAACGCUUAUCAAAGCGCUGGUGGACAGUGGGCUUGCUGUUCCAGAGGAGAACUUCAGGGAUGCGGAUGCCGAGCUAGGGGAUGAGGAUGACAUACCGGAAGUGGUUGAAGGGCGCCUCAAACAGAUGGCCGGUUCCAUCGCAGAGCUGAGAAGCUGGGUGAACCAGUACUCAGUCACCGUUGACGGUCUGCAGGCAACGGUCGACAGCCUGAAAGAGGCGUUGGCAGACAGGGAUGCAAUCAUCUCCCAGAUGCAGCAGGACGUAGCAGCCCUGAAGAAACUGUGUUUGCCCCGUGCAGGGUUUGCGGGUGGUAGUCCCGAGAAAGCGGCGAGCAGCCCAGCCCCUCCUGCAGGCGGCCACAGAACGAUGGCGGCCCAGUCACAGCAACCCAUGCACCUUGACGGGUUCAGUGCUCGGGGCGUUGCAGCUGUGGGUCAGCUGGUUACUGCGCCUACCCCAGCGCCACAGGGCGUAGAGGUUCAUGCCGUGGCCACAGGUGUACAGGCAGCAGACAUGAGGUCUCACCAGCCGGGCAUUUCCACGGCGGGUCCAGGAGGCAUGGUGCGUGCGGCGGAAUUUGGAGAGGGAGAAUCGGAGCGUACAGCAUGCACGGGUGCACAGGCGCGGAGCUCCAUGUGGACUGGAGUGCGUUUCGACACACUGAGCGGUAAGUGGCACGCAGCCAUUGGACUGGAGAAGGGUAGGUCAUACUCUUCGCCGUUGGGAGCAUAUGACUCAGAGGUAGACGCUGUUGAGGCUUAUGCUGCUGCUGCACUGGUUCUGCGUAAGGGCUGGGGUCCCCCACGGGGACACGUCAUGGAACUCAGGAUCGAGGACCGUGCCAUUCUCGAGAGUAUGACUCAUGACCAGGGGACCGAGCUUCUGAAGGCCAAAGCAUGGCACAAGUGGCGCUCCUGGCGCCGUGAGCUGUAUCCCUCUGCCUUCCUUGCAGAGACCACCGGCGGUCGCCCACUGCCAUCGUCUGCAGAGCCGGCUGCCGCAGAAGAACGUGCAAGGGUGCAGGGACAGGCUGCGGCUGCCUUUAGAGUGAAGGAGGGCAUGCCGGCGGCCGACUGUCAGGUGACACUCCAGCUCUGCGUGAGGUGGCUGCAGCGGAGGGUGUGA